AUGAAAAAAACCUCACUAAAGACUUAUCUCAAUCUACCAAAACAACAUUCUUCCCAAUUCCCCACUUCAAUUUCUCCAAUUCCAAACCCUAAUUCAUCAAAUAUUUCCCGCCAAACUUCAUUUUUCAAGAAAUCAAUUAACACAUCAUCCACUGAUAAUUUGAAAGAACUGAUUGAUACCCAUUUUAAUUCACAAGAAGCACAGCCAAACCCACAAAUUGAUUCCAAAAGCGAUGAUAAUUUAAAUGAAAAUUUUGGAAUCUUGCAGAGUAUGUUGUCAGUACAAAAGACUGAAACUUGUAAGUAUACAGAUGCUUAUAUAAUAUGUAAUGCUAUUAGAGACAGUAAAGAUGUAUUUAGGGAAGAAACCCAGAAAUUUUUAAGUAAAUUUAGGGGGAAACUUAGUGAAUCUUUGGUUGUUGAUGUGUUGAAGUUGCUUAAAAAUGGCGAAUUAGCCGUAAAGUUUUUUAUAUGGGCAGGUAGGCAAAUUGGGUAUAGUCAUACUUUAGUUGUGUAUGAAACUUUGUUAGAUGUAAUGAGGUGUGAAAAUAGUGAUGGGAUCCCAGAUCAUUUGAUUCGGGAAAUUAAAGAUGAUGACGAUAAAGAAGUACUUGGAAAAUUGGUUAAUGUUUUGAUACGGAAGUGUUGUAAAAACGGGUCGUGGAAUGUAGCACUUGAGGAGCUUGGUAGGCUUAAAGACUUUGGAUACAAAGGUUCACGAGUGACUUAUAAUGCUUUGGUUCAAGUGUUUCUUGAAGCAGGUAAGCUGGAUUCAGCGGAUCUUAUUUAUCGGGAGAUGGGUGAUUUGGGAUAUAAAAUGGAUGCACAUACGUUGGGUUCUUUCGCGUAUUCUUUGUGUAAAAUUGGGAAAUGGAGGGAGGCGCUUGAUAUGGUGCAUAAGGAAAAGUUUGUUCCAGAUACUAAGUUGUAUACGAGGAUGAUCGGUGGUUUGUGUGAAGGUUCGUUUUUUGAAGAAGCGAUGGAAUUUUUGAACCGAAUGAGGUGUGAUUCUUGUGUACCUAAUGUAGUUACUUAUAGGACUUUGCUUUGUGGGUGUUUAAAUAAAGGAAAGUUGGGUAGAUGUAAGAGAAUUCUUAGUAUGAUGAUUGUAGAAGGUUGUUACCCGAGUCCUAAAAUAUAUAAUUCUCUUGUUCAUGCUUAUUGUAAAUCAGGAGAUUUUGCAUAUGCAUAUAAGUUGGUUAAAGACCCUGAAAGAUAUGGUGUUCAACCUGGUUAUGUAAUUUAUAACAUAUUUAUAGGUGGGAUUUGUGUAACUGAGCAGCCAGGUCCAGAAAAGUUAGAAUUGGCUGAAAUCGCUUAUGUUUUAAUGCUUAAGGGAGGUUUUGUGUUGAAUAAAGUCAAUGCUAUUAAUUACGCUCAAUGUCUUUGUGGGGUUGGGAAAUUUGAGAAAGCUUAUACUGUUAUUCAUGAAAUGAUGAAAAAAGGUUUUAUACCUGACACCGGUACUUAUAAUAAAGUCAUUAGCUUUUUGUGUGAUUCUUCUAAGAUCGAGAAGGCAUUUUGGUUGUUUAAUGAGAUGAAAAAGAACGGUGUUGUUCCAAAUGUUCACAGUUAUACAACAUUGAUUGACAGUUUUUGUAAAGCGGGAUUACUUCCGCAGGCUCGUAACUGGUUUAAUGAAAUGAUUACAAAUGGUUGUGCACCAAACGUGGUCACAUAUACUGCACUUAUUCAUGCUUAUCUCAAAGCUAAUAAGCUAACAGAUGCCAAUGAGUUAUUUGAAAUGAUGGUAUCAUGUGGUUGUUCUCCAAAUGUUGUCACACUCACGGCUCUGAUUGAUGGUCACUGUAAAAUUGGUCAAGUUGGAAAGGCGCUGCAAAUUUAUACAAGAAUGAAGGGUGAAGAAAUCCCUGAUGUAAAUAUGUACUUUAGAAGCACAGAAAAAAGCAACAUGCUGGAUCCAAAUGUUGUAACAUAUGGAGCUUUGAUGGACGGUUUGUGCAAAGCACAUAAAGCUGACGAGGCAGUCAAACUUUUGGAUGUGAUGUCUCUUGAAGGUUGUGAACCUAAUCGUGUCGUGUACGAUGCUUUAAUUGACGGGUUGUUAAAAGAAGGGAAGCUAGAGAAAGCAGAAGAAUUGUAUACAAUAAUGUGUGAGAAAGGAUAUAAUCCAAAUAUCUUUACUUAUGGGUCUAUGAUAGAUAAGAUGUUUAAAGAUAAUCGUUUGGAUCUUGCUUCACGGGUAUUAUCCAACAUGCAGAAAAAUUCUUGCCCGCCUAAUGUUGUAAUCUACACGGAAAUGGUUGAUGGGCUUUGUAAAGUUGGAAAGGUAGUUGAGGCUUAUCGCCUGAUGGAGAUGAUGGAGACUAAAGGUUGUAAACCAAAUGUUGUAACAUAUACAGCUAUGAUAAAUGGAUUUGGAAAAGUUGGUAAUGUUGAAAAAAGUCUUGAAAUUUUUAGACAAAUGGGCGGUAAAAGUUGUGCUCCAAAUUAUGUUACAUAUAGAGUUUUGAUUCACCAUUGUUGUGCAGCGGGCCUUUUGGAUGAAGCUCAUGAGCUUUUAGAGGAGAUGAAACAGACGUACUGGCCCAAACAUAUGUCCAGUUAUAGAAAGGUUGUUGAAGGUUUUAAUCGCGAUUUUUUGAUUAAUCUAGGUCUUUUAGACGGUAUAAGUGAGUAUGAUGAUGUGCCGGUUAUUCCAAUAUAUAAACUUUUGUUUGAUAGCUAUAGAAAGGCGGGAAAGUUAGAUGUGGCGUCAAAGUUACUUAAAGAAAUCUGCUCGUUAUCUUCUCCGUUGGAUAAAGAUCUGUAUAUUUCAUUAAUUGAGAGCCUUUCGGUUUCACAUAAGUUCGAGAAAGCUUUUGUGUUAUAUGCAGAGAUGAUAAGUAAAGGUGGUGUUCCUGAAUUGGGCCUUUUGGUCAACCUGGUCAAAGGUCUCGUCAGAGCCGACCAUUGGGAGGAAGCAAUUCAACUUUCACAUGGUCUAUGUCACAUGGAUAUUCAGUGGCUUCCAUAUAGAAACGAUAACGAGAAGUAGUAUUUGCAGUUGCUCGAAGUUGAGCUCAAUUCUGCAGUGACCCAAUGUGAAAAUGUGGCCCUAAUAGCCAUUCAUGAUUAUAACAAGAUGUUAACUGCCUGCCUAGGAAGGUUCUCCUUCUACCUAGUCAACAACAUCAGCUGUCUCUCUAUACUUAUGGAAUCAUUCAUUCAUUCAUUAAACUAAAAAACCCAAAACCAAGAAAGUGUGAGUGACAGUAUAUGCAGGACAGAAUACGCAGGCACAUUCACCUCUUGCUGGAUGCUAACUACAUUUGGGAAAAUUAAUUGAUAAAGAUGAUGUAUUUUUGGGGAAGCCAAGUAGGAUGCGGAGAUGGCUUUGUGGUUUUUUUCAAGUGGAGGAGACUGACCUGUCAAAUGACAAUGAACUUAAAAAUUUCCUAGCUACACAGAUGGGAACCAGAAGGGGAUGAAAGUACUUCCUGCAGUCAAAUCCGAAGUGCCAAAACCCAUGCCAACAAUUCAAGUGCCUGCAAUUUCAUUAGAUGAGCUGAAAAAAAAAACUGACAACUUUGGAUCAAAGGCAUUGAUUGGUGAAGGUUCAUAUGGAAAAGUUUUCUUUGCAGACUUGAAUAAUGGCAAAACGGUGGCCGUUUAGAACUCGAUGUUUCUACCGAGGAAGAAACUAGCAACGAGUUUUUGACCCAGGUAUUUCACUUGUCAGCAGUUAGUGUUGAUGCAGAUCAGAGAUUAACACGAGACCUGGAAAAGUUAAGCACUGACCUAUGAGGGCUUGUGACAAGAAUGGUAAAGGCAACUGUCGAUAUUCUAUGGUGAGGCCAUGUAUUAAUUCAUUUAAGUGUUAUUAUGUUAGUUUUUAUUAGUAUACGCUCAUUCUGCAAGACAUUUUUUAUAGUAUUCAAAUUGCUCAAGAAAGGUUUACAUUAGUGAUCAAUUUUUAAGUUAUGAGUCA